AUGAGCCUCUCGCCCCGUCUGGCGGGCGUGCCCGGUCCUGCCUGGCAUGACCUCGCCGCCAUGGAAGGCUUCCAGGAUCGCUACAUGACCGCGACCUUCGCCAAGGUAGAAGCGGGUGCGCAGACGCUGGUCGCCUGGUCUGCCGACGGCAAACGCCUCGGCUACAUUCACAUGCGGCCCUUCAAGGACGGUGUGACCGACGAGCCCUGCGGCUACGUCUCGCUGCUCGCCCUGACCGAAGGCGCCGAGGGCCAAGGCAUCGCGCAUCGUAUGAUGGAAGCCGCCGAGACCUGGGCGCGCGCGCAGGGUUACCGCUUCCUCUCCCUCGACGUGUUCGCCGACAAUCGCCAUGCCGUCGAAUUCUACGAACGCCGCGGCUUCCAGACCGAGACGCUGCGCAUGGUGAAGCCACUGUAG